AUGUCUACGUACCACGAGAACGUGGCUACACACAACCUCGAUCAUCUAAAGACUGAUGAUGGUGUCUCAGAUACUUUGUCGCCAGAAUCAGGCGAACACCCGCAGGAGAACAAAACAUCCGUGAAGCAUCGUCGCAACUAUCAGGCUUGUGAACCAUGUCGCGAGCGCAAGAUAAAAUGCGACCUUGGACCUGUCGACAACCCACUGCCACUUCCUUGCGUGACUUGCAAGCGACAGUCUAAGAAAUGCUGGUUCCGCGAGACGCGAAAGAAAGAGAUCAAGACGAAUGAUGUUGAACCACCUACCAAGCGAGCGAGAAUCGACUCGUCGCACUCGACCAGAACAUUCGCGACUCUUCCUGCUAGCCCACAUAUCGGUCACACAUAUGCAUACCAGUCUAGCCCUUUGUCACCAUCAAGACCUUCCAUAUCUGCGACCCCUCCUAGUGUACAUGCGCUUCCUCAACCCACCAUAGGCAACCUACCACCUCUGCCUCGAUCUACACCUACCUCAUUGCCUCGACCGAAUACUGGUGCGACAGGCCUUCAAGAACAUGCCGAAAGUCCCUACAACAAUCUUAGUGUACCAGCUAGGACCACUAACGGCGAUGACCAUGUGGCGAUGCCUAAAGCCAGCAGCUUGGCUGAAUCAUUUACCAACACUACUGACAAUUUGAGUGUCUUGGUCAGAGCUGCAACCACAACCCAACCUCUGGACUCGACCGGCCGUCUGCAGCAUAACAGAUCUUUGACAGGCAGUGCUAGUGAUAUCAAUAUCAGAUCUCUACCAGGGCCAGAAGCUAAAGCUUACAAGCAGGCUCAACAAGUUUGGGCUAAGAUGCGCUUCGUCCGAGCUGGAUGGUUUACAGCCGAUGAAGCUAUGCAAUACGUUGAGUACUUCUACACCCAUCUCGCUCCAAUGACACCUGUUGUCAUCGACCGCUUCCGAAAUCCUGCUACGCAUUACCAGUUAUUGACAGAAGAACCCAUUCUUGCUUUGGCUAUACUUGCCAUCACCUCGAGAUACUAUGAAUUGAGGUCAGACUCAAAAGUCUCUCGAGGCUACUACAUUCACGAGCAACUGUGUACUUCGUUCCGAAACAUUGUUCAACGUUUGUUUUGGUGUCAAGAACAAUUCGGUGGUGGGUUCACAGGUGCAGGUCAGGUAUCGACGCAGCGAACAGCUAGUGGUCAAAUCACAUGGAAAGGUAGUCUCCGAAGCCUGGGCACCAUUGAGGCCUUGCUUCUGCUCGCUGACUGGCAGCCCAGAGGUCUGCAUUUCCCGCCAGGCGACGACGAGAACUCACUAGUCGGAACGAACCUAUCGCUUUUCGGCGAUGAGCCGUCCGCCCCUCAGAACUCAAGCAACUUGCCAUAUGCGACCUGGCUGGAACCCGCUUGGCGGUCAGACCGUAUGUCAAGAAGUCUCGUCGGUUUGGCGCAAUCUCUUGGUUAUGAGUUGGGAGUUUUCGAUCGUGCACACGAAUAUUGUAACGGCGACCACGGUCCAAUGUCAGACUGUUUGAGACGACGACGCCUUCGACGUUUAGUCAUUGUCUAUAUCUCACAGAUCAGUGGCCGCAUGGGCAUACAGUCGUCUCUUUCUCCUGAGCAAGAUGACGAUCCCCACGGGCCUGAUGCCAAUGAACCUGUGGAUAUGAUGCAAAAGCUGUGGUUUGACAUUGGUUCUCUGAUGUACGAUGCCAAUCGCGACAUCUUCCCAUCUCCAAGAAAGAAUGCCACCUAUAUCGAAAAUGGUCACUAUCACACCUUGAUUGGUCAAUACGCUCCGAGAUUGAAGAGAUGGACCAACAAUUACUGUGCCGUUGAAGAGUACAUCAAGCCCCAGAUGAGAGUGGUGCUUAGAAUGGAGUACGAAUAUGCAAGACUUUAUGUAUACUCGCUUGGAUUGCAGAAAGUUGUUGGGCAACUGGCUGUGCAAAAUCGCAAUAGCGUUGGUCGAGGUCUAGCGACACAACUUGGUUCGGUAUAUGAUGACAACAAGGCUUACAUCGAUGAGGUCCGCAAUGCUGCAACGCAAAUCUUGGAAUUGUCCUGUUAUGGUAUGGGUAACAGCAAAUCUCUUGGAUACUCCCCCGUUCGAACUUUUCUGCGAACGCUUUCCGCACUCAUGUUCAGUCUCAAGCUCCUUAGUCUAGGUAACGAGGAACGUGCUGUUCGAGCCGUGUUUAGGCUUCUGAAAGAGACGACAAAACGAAUGAGCGAACAAGUGGCCGAUGAUGUUCACCUGGCAGCUCACGUGGCACGAUUAAUCCAGAAACUCAUGGAGGACGUUCACGGCAGUAUGGUUCGCAUUCCUAAGCCCGGAAGUAGAGGCCAGUCUCGUCACAUUUCGCCUCAACCUCACAACACAACGAUGUCGUAUACCUCGGAUCAAGAAUCACCAGAUCCUCUUGGUCAAAUCCCAAUGGCCGACUAUGCUAACCAAACACUCAUGCCACCUUUCGGCUUGGAGAACUCGGCUUCCUACGAUGCAAACAUGAUUUUCGAUGCCAACGUCGACCCUUCACUCUUCUCGUCUGGGGAUGACUGGAUUGGCAUGCCUCUUGACAACCUUUUCGACCUUGGCGAUGAUACGGUGCAUACCGGGUUUGGAGGUAUUGGUCCGACUCUUGGUAACAGGGACAUGCUCAGUCUUAUCACUGGCUCGCAUCUUGACCAGAACCAGCAUGGACUUGGCUCAGGCAUGCCGACUUCCCUUAGACCUUAUGGAAAUGGGUACUAA